GGGACGUAGGGGAGUUGGGGGGGAGAGGUGUCCGCCCAGCAGCCGGCUCCCUCCUUCACUUUCUCGGUGCAGCUGAGCGCGGCGCGAUGGGGGGCAUCGAGUGGGCCAUGUGGGCGAACGAGCAGGCGCUGGCCUCCGGCCUGAUUCUAGUGACUGGUGGGAUCGUGGCAGUUGCUGGACAGUUCAAAAACUGGCAGUUUGCAGCCUAUUCAAUAGCUGCUGGAGUCUUUAUAUGCCUGCUGGAGUACCCGAGGGGGAAGCGGAAAAAGGGAUCUACGAUGGAGCGGUGUGGCCAGAAGUGCUUCACAACUGUCGUGAAGGCAUUUGGACCCCUCACUAGGAAUUACUACGUCCGGGCUUUCCUGCACAUAUGCUUGGCCGUUCCAGCAGCAUUUUUACUGGCCACGAUCCUUGGCACAGUUUGUCUCGCCAUUGCCAGCGGCAUCUACUUACUGGCUGCCAUCCGUGGCGAAGAGUGGCGUCCCAUCGAAGUGAGGCAACGGGAACCGCUACAAAUAGGAGCCACAAUUAAACACCCUCCAACCAACCCACCCCCACGGCCUCCGGCUGAGGCUCGCAGAAAGCAAGCGGGCGAGGUAGAAGCUGCAGCCCAGGAUAACCCGCUGCCUGUUGUCAUCGAGGCUGAAUGAAUGACAGGCCGGGCUGGUGCCCUCGAAGGAGCCUGAGGGGGCUUCUUUUGCUGUGCUCGGAGCAGUGGGGGAGGAGUGGCCAUUUUGUGGUUGAUCUUUGGAUAUCGUCCUCCUCUUCCAGCUCUGUUGUCUGCCUCUACAGAUGCUUCUCCACAAGCCAGAUUCUCCUCAGUCCUGUCACUUCCCCCAGUUUGUUCCUGGCCAGGUAGCUGCCAUGCUUGUUUCACGACAGGGCCCAGCAGCGGCCAUAUUGUUCGUCUCCAGAAUACCCAUUGGAGAAUUGUGAAGCUCCAGGCACGGAUGACUCCAGCUGGCAUCCUGAGAGUGGCAAUGGCUUUCUCUUUUC